AAGAGUAGAAGAGACAUUACCUUUCGAGAGACUUUCCUUCGAGGGUUGAGAUGAUUCACGUCUCAAGAACACCAGAGUUUUCAAACUUUGGGAACAUGAACAUGAUUUCUUUUGCAUCUCCUGAACAAGAUGUGAACUCCUUGUUGACAGGCAGAAGACCGAGGUCCCGUUCUUAUAACAACCCAGAGGACAGUAAAAACUGUGACUUUCAAGUACAAACAGAGGAACUCAAUGCAAGACCGCGCUCCAGAUCAUUUUACAGUUAUGAGACAUCAGAGUUGUGCUCCAAUUUUGACACAGAAAACUUUUCGUGGUCCUGUCCACUGAAGCAGAGAGCAAGCUCACAGUUAAGACAUCAAAUGUCCAAAAUUAAUGAUAAAGAUGGGAAUCAAUAUGGUUUUCCUGUCAACCCAAAGAAGUCUAAGUCAAAAAAGCUCUCAAAAGAUCUUAAUGGCAGUAAAGGCAGUGCCAGGACAGUGUCCAUGAUAACCAUCUCUGAGUCAGACAACUGGGAGAUUUGCUCCAGCUCUGGUAUGAAGUAUGGACAGUUUGUGGACUGGGAGAAGAUUGAUCCAGAACCUGCGAAGAAAUACCAGCAGAUCCUGAAGAGCGGGCAUCAGCAGCUGAAACGAAUGGGCCGAGAGGGUUUCUGGGCCACCUCGCACACACUGAGGGCCAAAGCAUACUAUCAUGUCAUCCACAACAUCAAUUCCAGGGCUAUUACACCAGAUAGAGAUGUUUACUACGAAAUGGCCAAGAAACUUUUUGGGGAACAGAAAGUUAGCACUCACCAAGUCCCGGAGUAUAUGGAGGAUGGGGACUUACCAAGAUACUGCCUCAACAAAGCAGGCAUGAAUUCUGUUAAAAAGAUACUUAUAUGCCUUGGCAGUUACUAUCCAGACAUGAGCUACUGCCCCAUCCUUCCUGCCUUGGUCUCUCUCAUACUUCACUUUAGUGAGGAUGAAGCAGAGUGUUUCUACAGCGUGUCUCAACUAAUCUGCUACAAAGAUCCUAACAAGCGCUACAUCGACCAGACAUUUCUUACUUAUCGUGCUUCUUGCAUGACAUUCGGGGACCUUGCCAACAGGUGUUGCCGAGGCAUCCGAAAGCUGAUUGCCAGCUCGCACCAAAACCUCUUUGAAUUCUACUCUGACUGGAUCAUGUGGAUUUUUGCUGACCUUCCAUUUACAUAUGCAAUCAGAGUUCUGGAUGUCUACUUACUGGAGGGUUUCAAGGUUCUCUUCAGGGUUGCAUUAGCUUUGCUUGACCUCUACAAAGUGUCCGUGUCGUCUCGGGUAGCAGACGUCGAAGACUUUAGAACUGACAUGAAACGUUUUGUGCAAAGUGUAACUCGCCACUGCACAGCUGAGAAGCUUUUGGAAAGAGCCUUCCAGAUUCCAAUUGCUACACGAAAUGAACUUAACCUUCUGUUCAAUGCAAAUAAGGAUGCCCUAAAACAAAAAGGUGUCAGCACACACCAAAAGAGGCAGACGGUGGAAUCAGUGGAUUUAAGCAACUUCAGCUCCAGUGUUGUCACAGUGACAGAGAUGAGGGUCAUCUGGGCCUGGAUUCCUGAACGUUUUGCGCUUUUCAACCCCGUUCGGUUGUUUCAUAUUGCAGAACAUGGAAGAAAUCUUUCCUCAUUGUAUUCACGUGUUGAAGGACAUGAGCCAAUAGUACUCAUCAUCAAAACAAUGGACGAAGAGGUUUUUGGAGCUUUCUUGUCAACGGAUUUGAUGGAAAGACGGAAUCACGACUCUCAGGGACUUACAUACUUUGGAACUGGGGAGUGUUUUGUUUUUGUGCUUCGCCCUAGCAUGGAGCGCUACCAGCGGGCUAUGGUCAACAUUAUGACCAGAAUAGCUUCUCCUCAGCAGCACAGAAAUGGAAGCAGUUCCACAUCUCAGUUGGCAAACAGCAGCAAGUCUCAGCUCACCACCAAAACUGUCAGCUGUACAAAUGAGACUCCCCAGAAUCCCUCCUACCUGACACUCCCCCUCAGUGCUCCAUUAGGAAAUCCCAGAACUGCAAAGGAGGCCAAGAGACCAAAGGAGCAAGAUGCCUCAAAUUUCAUUGCAGGAGAUAACAGUCAGCUCAUCAUUGGUGGUGAUGGGGGCCACGCACUCUGCUUGUGUGAUAACUUAGAGGAAGGAAACUCAGAACCAUGUGACACAUUCAGCAGCAACCCACUCUGCAAAGGACACUUCCAGAUCCAGUCCCUGGAAGUAUGGGGCAUUCAGAACUCCAUCUACCUAUCUCACAGCUUUCAUUCUCAAUAGAUUAACAACAGGAGUGGUAUAAUUUUGGAUUUGAGAGAAAAAAACUAAUCUUGGUUUGAAUAUAAUUUGCUGAGACUUUCACUUCUAUAUCUAUUCUUUGUGUAUUGUAUAAUAGGUGGUCAAUAAGUUUGUUAUCUCUAACCAGCAAACACUAAAGAAAUUAUAUGAUGAGCCCAUGCAUUGGAAAGCUACUAAAGUGUAGAGUGUCUCGCUGUUGCAGGCAAGUGAAUUUUAAGAUCAAUUCUACAUUUAACAGGCAGUCAAAGCAUUAACACAAGAGAAAUAUUGGCUCUUCUUCUGAACAGUCUGCAUAACAGUGAAAUAAAAUGUUGUAAUGUAUAUAUGAAUAUAGUAAGCGAUGUAUAAUUUUUUUUUAUUUUGGCUAUGUGGUUCCUGUAUUUAGAGAUUUUAUUUAUAUCAUCUUUUCUUAUUUCUCCUCAUAGAUAAGAGACAUUUUCAUUUUAUAUACACUUAGAGAUCAUAAAAUAUCUUAUCUUGUCUUGUCUAUUGGACUAGUUAGUAUAAGGUGCAUGUGUCUUGUAUAUAACUUUCAGAUAUUUAUUUCUAUAAUAUUGUUAUGUGAAAAAGUGAAAAUGAGUUUAGAGCUGAAAAAGGAAGAAAUAAGCAAUUAUUUAAAAUUAAUAUUUUUCUAUUUCGGUCACUGUAACCAUGGUGCAUCGGUGGAACUUCCACAACUCUGUCUUAUGCUGCUGUUUACCUGCGUGGGAUGCUCAUACAUCUAUAUAUUAUUUAGUGAUUUUGUGCUUUAGUAUCAUUUGAACAUGUAAACCAUUUCUUUAAAGUGUAAUCUUUGCAAUUUGUUCUAAAUUAUAGACAUAUGACUGUGAAUCUUUAAUGCAUUUAUGAUAAUCUCAUAAAAAAUGUUUGACUUAUAGAUGAAAUUCCACAACUUUCUCUGAGAUGUAAGUUCUACAACAAAAUGUUUAAUAGUAAAUAAAGCAUAUGUAUAUUUCCA